CUGUAAUUUUUUAGUGAAGAUGGAGGAACCAGAAGAGAGGCGAGAGAGGAAGAAGGGGUUCUGGCACACCUUCAAGAAGGGUUUCCUGCCCAUCAUGACGGUGGUCUGCACUGCGCUUGGUGUGAUCGUCGGCCUCACACUGAGAGCGAACGCUGAAGGAAAGCCAUGGAGACCAAGAUACGUGAUGUACAUGCAGUUCCCGGGAGAACUCUUUCUUCGGAUGCUGAAGAUGCUCAUCAUCCCACUGAUGGUGUCCUCGAUCACCGCUGCCGUUGGUGGUUUGGACCUCUCGUUGUCGAGGAAGAUUGGGCUGAGAGCAAUCCUCUACUAUGCGGCCUCCACCGGUUCGGCCGUCAUUGAAGGAGUCAUCCUGGUCUCUUUGAUCCAUCCCGGCAACCCCGACAUCUAUGCCGCUCCUAAAGAUCUCGGUGCUGCUAGGAAUAGCACCACUACUGACACACUCCUCGAUCUAGUCAGGAACAUGUUCCCACCAAAUCUGAUUCAAAGCUGUAUUGCUCAGUAUAGAACAGUUUUGACACCACCAGUAAUCAACGGAACCGUCGAUUCUUCAGCUGCUUUAGAAGACUGGAAUAUUAGUGGGACCUAUGACGAGGGCUCCAAUGUAUUAGGAUUGGUGAUAUUUGCUAUCGUUCAAGGUAUUGCCAUUGGUAGGAUGGGAAAAAUGGGAAAACCACUUUUAGUCUUUUACGAAGCACUUGGAGAAGUGACUAUGCUUAUCACCAGAUGGGUGUUGUGGUUAUCACCAAUGGGAGUAUUUUUCCUUGUAGUUUCCAAAAUUUUAGAAGCUGAAUCUUUUGCAGCUAUGGUCGGUCAACUAGGACUGUACUUCCUUACUGUACUUCUUGGUUUGACUAUACAUGGACUUUUUGUUCUUCCAAUGUUUUACUUCAUCUGUUGUAAAAAGUUUCCACUGAAAUUCAUUGCUAACAUGGGGCAGGCUGCCAUAACAGCAUUUGCUACAGGUUCAAGCUCAGCAUCUCUGUCAGUCUCAAUGCAAUGCUUAGAAGAAAAGAAUAAAGUAGACGUAAGGAUCAGUAGGUUUGUUAUGCCGAUUGGUGCUACUGUAAAUAUGGAUGGUACAGCUCUUUACGAAGCAGUUGCUGUGAUAUUUAUUUCUCAAAUUCGACAGAUGUCUCUCUCUAUUGGCCAGCUCUUUGCAGUCAGCAUUGCUGCAACUUUGGCCAGUAUUGGAGCUGCAGCAAUACCUCAAGCUGGUCUGGUAACUAUGGUCAUGGUUUUGGAAACAGUAAAUCUAAAAGCUGAUGACGUCACUCUCAUAUAUGCGGUCGACUGGCUUCUUGACCGAUUCCGAACUACAGUGAACGUCAUUGGAGACGCCUAUGGUGCUGGAAUUGUAGAGCAUUUGAGCAGAGAUGAAUUAGAUAAACUACCUCCACUCGAAACGAAUAAACAUGAUGAAUGACAUGGCCGUAGACAAUCAACUUUCUUUCAUUAUUGAAAGGGAAACAGGGAGAGGCAACAUAGUCUUAAAAUCAGAGAAAGUUUAUUUAAAUGAAACCAUUGUGAAUCGUAUUGUAAAAAAUAAUUUCAGUUUAUUUUAUUUUUUAAAUGGUUAACAACAUGUAUAUUUAAAUACCACAUGGGCUGAUAAAUGCAACAGUACAUUUUUAAAGUUAAAAUUAACCUGUAAUUAAACAUAGUUGUUGAUUUUAAAAGUGUUGUAUUUUGAUAAUUGAACAAUAUGAAUGCACUUUUUGAAGCAAAAAUUAUAAAGAUUAAUGUAUUUGCAUCCUCUUUUAAUCAAAUUCCAUAAUGUAAAAAACAAAGUUUCAUUUAUACUUAUUUUCCUGUAAUUAGCAAUAAGGUGUUAAUAAAAGUAAAAUAAGUAAAUACCAAUUUUACUUUUGAAAUCUCAUAACCAGAAGUCAAUUCAAAGAUAUAAUCUAGAUAUUAUUGUAUGGAAAUGUAUAAAUUUAUGUAUUAUAAAUUCAAAUUUUGAUCCAUCACAUAAGAGAAUAUGAACAAACAUAUUCAAAGUAGCUUUGUUAUAGAGGUUAAGCAACGCUGAGUACUCACUAGCACUACCAGAGGCGUAGUUAGCAGAUGAAUAACAAAAGAGACUGUUUCAAGAUGGAUACAAAAUGCCCAAAAUAAAAAUCUAAUAAAUUUGUUUGUUAUGUUUUUUUUUUUUUAGACUCCAAAAAGAUAAAAAUAUUUUGUUAUUUUUGGGUUGAAUAUAUGUUUAAAUUAGUGUAAUGAGGACAAGAUGUGCUGAAAGCAAGUAAAUUAGAAUAGUGGUUGGUCCAAAAAACCUUGAAUUUCUUCCUAGUUGACCUAGCUAUGCCACUGAGUAGCACUGUUAAUUUGUUUUAGUAAUGUAUUUUUUUUAAUUAUAGAAUAUUAUAUAAGAAAAAGAUUUACCAACAAAACCACUCACUCUGUUGUGAAAAGUACCUGAGUAAUAUGAUAUAUUAUUUUUAACGAUGUAUUACUUUAAAAAAAAUAUCUUAAGUCCAAAAAUGUGUUUUUCUUUUCAUACAUAUUUAUUUAUAUAUGGAUAUAAAUGUGAAAAUAUUUAUCUGGUGAAUUAGUAUUUAACUUAGCAUAUGAGAAAAAUGAAUGCCACCACUGCCUUGUUCUAAAUUACUUGUUACAAAUUGCAUAAAUGACCAAUU